AUGCUGUGGGUGUCCGCACUGAAGUAUUACACGCUUGUGACGCUUGAUGUUGCUGUGCUGAAGACUGGUCAAGAAGAGACGCUCCAGAAUUAUAUUACGACGCUUAAUCCUUCGAUCGUUGUGGUAGCAAGCCAAGAUGAUGCCACAGCUGUUGACCGGGCUCGAAGUGAUAGCCAAACUAAGCAGAAUCAUUUCUUGGGCAUAACCCUUCAGCCUCUGGCAAAGCGACAACCAAACUGGACAAGUAUGCAGGAAAUCUGCAACCAAAAAUUUCCAGAAAAUUUAGAUGCCGGCCCUAUGCCACCCGAGGACCCUGAUCGAGUCGUCAUGAUCGUCUUUACAAGCGGCACAUCGACCGGUAUACCAAAAGGCUGUGUGUGGACGGUUCGAGAUCUCAUGCGCCCAUUGACUGCGGCUGCUGGGCUUCCCCUUUUGAGAGGCCCAGCUGUGCUAGUCAACACAAAGAGCUCCCAAAGCAUGGCACCAUGUUUGCUGUACUCAACAUGGCAUUCGGGGAAUGCAGCCGUACUCGCGGGGGGAAGUCUCAACGUGUCGACCACUAUAUCAACAAUAGCUCGCUGCAGACCUAUAGGCACAGCGUUAUAUCCACACACGGUAGAUUUGGUGACAGAGCAUGCGGGCUCUUCUCCCGACAAACUCGCAUCAAUCAGGUUCUUGCUUGUAAUUGGGUCGGUUACGACGGUUGAGAGUAUCAGAAGGGCUCAGAGAGUUUUCCCACGAGCCAAGAUCGUCGCAAGUUAUGGCAUGACCGAAGCGGCAGGUAUGUUCGGGUGGCCACGGGGUCCGCCUUCAGUGAAAACUAUGCCGGAGUACAAAGGCAUUGCUUCCUGUGGAAUGUCACUUCCAGGCGCGAAACUCAGAAUACUCAAUGAGCAGGGCAAAGUUGUUGCACGGAACGAAAUCGGAACUCUACAUCUCUGUGGCGAUAGGAUCGCGAGCGGAUACCUGACCAGUACCGGCUUGAAGUCAUUCUAUAACGACGGCAACGACCGGUGGUACAAUACCGGCGACUGUGCAGUUCUGGACGAACAGGGGCGAGUCUUUAUUCUAGGUCGAUAUGAUAAUAUGAUUCGGAGGGGCGGCAUGACCAUCGCUCCGGCGACCAUUGAGAACGUAUUGAUGAAGAAGUUCCCUCGACAUACUGUGGUCGUCAUAGGAGUCUCUAUGCCUAAGAACCAGGAAUUGGUUUGUGCAGUCUUCCACAAGCCCGUCCGGGACCACGGGGAAGUGAAUGACCUUGUUGUGAAAGAACUGGGGUAUGACCACGGCCUCGACGAUGUUUUCGAUCUCCCGCAACUGGGAUUGACAGAUUGGCCGUACACCGUGGUGGGAAAGUUGUCCAUUGUCGACGUGAGGCGCAUCGUCACCGAAUACCUGGCAUCACAAAAGGCGUGA